AUGCCGCGCCCGCUCCCGAACCUGCGCUCCACGUACAGGAGCAAGCCGUCGAGCGUGGACGAGUCCCUUUUCGGGACGAAGAAGUCCUCCUCGGCGUCCACGAACUCGUUCCAGCGCAAGACCGCGAAGCCGUCCACCGCGUCGAGCGCGGCGAAGUCGACGAAGUCGUCCGCGGGGUCGGAUUACCUCGUCCUCUCCUCGAACGACAUCGACCGAAUGCGAAAACCCGCGUCCGUGUUGACCCCGCACGAGGUGAGCGCGAUCAAAGCGGAGCGGCAGGCGGAGAAGGAGCUGGAGCUCAUGAAGUCGAAGCAGAUGCGCGAGCGGAUGUCCACGAUGGAGGCGAGGCGAGGCGGCGCGUCGAAAGGGAAAGAACCCUCCGAGACGGAGGUGAUCGCGGCGGCGAAGAGUCAGUCGACGCUGAACCGAGCGGAGUUGUUACGCGAAGAAGCCCUGGACGAGGUGAAGAACAUGAACCAGAUGAUGCUGUACUCCAAGUGCGUCACGAUCCGAGACGCGCAGCUCGAGGAGAAGAAACACAUCUUAGCCGAGGCGCAAGAGGAGGAGCGACGGAUGGAUCUCAUGAUGGAGAUCGAACGCAUGAAGGCGCUCGACGUGUACGAAGAACGCGAGAAGCAACGCGCGGAGGAUCGCAUGAAAGGCGCCGCGGUGCUUCGCAAGCAGAUCGAGGACAGGGCGAAAGAGCGCGCGAGGGAGGAGGAGCUCCUCGACCUCGAUCGCAAGCAGAUGCUCUCGGAGAUUCAAAGAGUGAAGGACGAAGCCGCGGCGGAGGCGCAGAGGAAACGCGACAUGGGGAAGAAGCUCUUGGCGGAGGUUUCGAAAGCGAACGCCGCGCAGAUCGAACGGAAGAAACUCAUCAUCCAGGCCGAGAGGGACGAGGAGGAGCGCAUCGCGCAGUACAUCGCGGACAGGGACGCGAGAGAGCUCGCGGAGCAGAUGGAACGCGACCGCGUCGCGCACGAAAAAGAGAUGGAGACGGUUCGCAUGCGCGCGCAGCAAGAGAAGCAGGCGGACACGCAGGCGGAGAUGGACGAGCUGCGAGCGAUGCGCGUGCAAGAGGCGCACGAGAGGGCGUACCGCGAGAAGGAACGAGCCGCGGUCGCGAGGAACCGCGCGAUCAACGAAGACCUCGCGCGCGCGAGGGAGCACCAGAAGAUGCUCAAGAUGAAGCAACUCAGCGACCAGGCGAGGCAAGACCAGAGCGAGUUUUUCCGCGUCGUCGACGUGCAGAUGGCGAAGGAGGAGGAGGAGGCGCAGCAGAGCGCGCGACUGGCGGCGCUUCGCAAGCAGCACAAAGAGGAGCUGCAGGCGCAGAUCAACUUCAACGAGGAGAGGCGGCUGCACGAACGAAGAGAGUUCCUCGAGGAGGGAGACAGCUUGCGGAAAAAUAUGAUGGACGAGCAGGCGAGGCUCGAGUCGAUCAAGCAGCGGAAACUCGACGAGCUCUCGAGGACCGGGGUUCCCACGAAAUACCUCGCGGAGCUCGCGAGGAAGAAGAUCAACGCAUAG